AUGGCAGAAUCCCUACAAGCGCCCCAGUGUGGCGUCUGCCUUGAUGAAAUAGAUGCGGUGGACCGUAUUUACAUCGGCCGGGACAACGAUAAUAUCUGCACCGAUUGCUUCAAUCAGACAAUUGUUCCCAAAUUCCGUAACGCCCUCGAAACCGAAUCCCAGUACGACAAUGCGAGGUGGAGCGACGGGGAUGAGCAUCUCAAAGCUCGCGACUUUAUCAAUUUCCUUGGCGAAGAGUUCGUGAAGAAGUACGAACAGAAGGAGAAAGAAUAUAGGGUCAGAGUCUCCGAUCGAGUUUAUUGCCGUCGGACGCUGGAGAACGAAGAUCCCACGAAAGUUCGCGAGUGCGGCACAUUCGUGGGCAGCAAAACAGAACUAGCCGAGCUGUCUGAAGUUGUUUGUCCUGAGUGUCAUGGGGUUGUUGUUAAUGAAGGCGGUGAUGAAGGCGAAGAAGAGGACCCGUUCGCGGGUCUGGAGCGAGGCAAGGAUUACCAGAGGUGUCCAGAUUGUGAUUGGGGAGCGAUUUUACAUUCCGGCUGCAACUAUAUGCGGUGCCGCGGUUCAGGUUGCAACGGUGGCUUUUGCAUGCUCUGUGGUGGGAAGACCAACCAUAGUGACCGCCAGCAUUGGCAACGGGGUAACCCG